AUGGUGAAUGGAUAUGCCCUUCGUGUCGCAACAGGUGGGAUAAUGUGGUUCAUCGACGAUUCAUCAAGCAGUAACAGAGAUGAUGAUUAUAUACCGGAAACAACGACCAGCAUCAAUGAGGCUGAAGAGGAGAGUGCAUGCAGUAUACAGUUGAAACGUGAAACAUUGAACAAAUUUUUGAAAAUAAACCACUAUAAGAAAGAAGUAUGGAUUAACGAAGAUUACCGUAAUAUGGGUAAAGAGAAAAAUUAUCUCUUUGACUGUCGUUCUAUUCUGCAAAAUGUGGCUACAUUCAUAGCACCGAAUGACGCUCCCGAUAUUCUCGAUGAUAUAUUCCAUAAUAAAAAAGAUUCAUAA